UCUGGGGAAGAGGAUUCUCUAACCACGACAUGCAUCUUCACAUGAAUUCUGAAGGCUCAACUCAAUACUUGGGAGACUGGAUGAAAUCACUCUAGGGACAGCAAGGCAAGCCCCUAGCCCAGGCAGGAAGAAUCAUCAGUACUAAUUUAAUACCAGCCAUGGCAGAUGCUGUGAGGACUAGCAUGAAUAGGAGUCAGAAGGGUCUGUUGAGGAGGUGGAGAGACCAUAAGGGGGGGGGCUGUUUUCUGGAGGUUAUCUGCAGUGCAUUCAGCUGGCCACAAAAGGCUUGCAGUCCACAAACAUCCACACCCAAAGCUUUUUAUUCAUUUUUUUUCUCUGUCUUUUGGAAUGGUCUCUAAAAUCACUGAGAUACUGUUACCACCGCAGGGAUAACAUCAAAGCAGCAAGUUACUCAGCAUCUCAAAGGUGAGGAGGGGUAAGGCUAAAGGCUAUGCCUGGACUACCAGAGAACAUCCCCCUUGGGGAGUGCACCCUACACUCCCAGUCCCAGGAGCAGCUCACUCCCCAGACAGAAAGCACCGUGUUCAGCCUGUCCCGCAGCGAGUCCCUCUGGACCAACGAGUCGGCCCGCAGCACAUGUGAGAUCUACUGGUUCCCAUUCCACCUCAUGUCCACUGGGGGCAGCAUCUUUGCCUGUGGCUUCAUCCUGAGUGGCCUGUAUUUUGCUGGCUACUGCAGGAAGGCCACCAACAUCCUGGGCCCGGCCCUGGUAUCCAUUGGCCUGAUGGUGCUGGUGGUGGGCGUGGUGCUGAUCCCCAUCACCAAGGAGAACAGGAAGCAGCCCACCAUGAAGAAGCCCUUCAGUUACUACAGGCAACCAGUCUUUAAAUUAUGAGGUGGGCCGGGCGGGGUAUCCCUAUCUUGUAUGCUGUUUUCCUGGAGAGUCCUCAGGCUCAAAGUCUGGUUAUCAGACCAUUUAGUUUCCCAAAAGCACAAUGGAGGAUUCGAUACUUCCCUGCUGAGCAUGGCUACAUGUUCACAUGAUGAAUGUUUGCUCUAAAGACAAUUAACUUGUAGGGGGACAUGAACCGUUCUAUUUUCUUCCACCACUACGUAUGUAUACUGUAUUUUAAUAUCUGCAUGACAAAGUAUACAUUAUAACCAAGGUUCUUUGGCAUUUGUUCUUAAGCAUUUGAAAGUACUAGAAAAUUACAAUGCUGCCAAAAAACACAAUUAUAAAUGUAGUCCACUGCUUUUAUGCAUAAUUAUUAGAAUGAGUGACAAGCAUAUUGAGAAGAAAGAUGUGUGCAUGUACAUUGAUGAGAGCAGGAUUGAGUAUUGACAGCAUGCCUUUGUGGUAGGCCAUCAUUGAAAAUAGGAAUUUGUUCUUAACUGACUUGCCUAGUUAAAUAAAGGUAAAAUAAAAAACA